AUGCAGUCCUUCAGCCGCAACAUGGAUAGGCAUCGAGCACGUGAAGCUCUUGGCCGUUGCGAGGAGAUUCGGACGCUCCAAGAUGCCAUGAGCAGUGCGAAAGCAGAUCGACAGGCAGAGGUCAGCAGCACGCAGCUGAGCCUGAAGGAGCUGGCCUGCCGCAUCGACCAAGUGCAACAGGCCGGUGACGCUCGCGAGCGUUUGGCCGCCAAGCAAUUCUCGGAACUGCAGAAGUCGCUGGAUGAGGAGGCUCAUCAGCGAGUCUCAGCCCAUGAGGAGCUUGCCAGGAAACAAGUGGCCAACAUGGAGACGAUGCCGGGAGCUUUGGCCGCAGAGCGGGCCCAGACGGAGGAGUCCUUGGCGAGACUGGAGGAGGCUUUGCGACAAGAGCAUGCAGAAGAGAGGCAGCGGCACUCGGCCGCGCUGGCGGCCUCGGAGAUCCGAUGGCAACAGCUGCGCGAGGCGACGGAAGAAGCCAUGAAGCAUCGCCUGGAGCAGCACAGCAACGUUGCGCUGGAAGUCUCCAAGGUGGCUGAAGCCCUGGCAGAGGAGACCCGCGAAAGGCUGAAGGACCAGAAGGCUCUUCAAAAUGAUGUGAAGAGACUGGAAGAUGAGGCCAGCGGUGUGGUCCAGCUGAGACGGCAGGCGGAAGAAGGCCUUCGCGAGCAGAUCUCGUUGACUCUGAAGCGUCUGGACCAGGCACAAGAGAUGCUGCUGAAGCAGGAUAGUGAGAUCAAGGCCUCGGUGGCUGACCUGCGCUCUUCAGUUUCAGCAGAGGCUUCGGCUAGACAGGUGGCAUGUGAGCAGUUGCAGAAGGAGCUGAAGCAAGAUGUGAUGCUGAAGGAGGAGUUCAUGAGCGCAGCCAGCAAGAGCAGCCAGCGGGCGGCCGCGAAGGUCUUGGAGGAGUUGCGUGGAGCGUUGAGAGACGAAGCCCAAGAACGCGAAGAGCUGCGGAGCCGACUGGAGCAACAUCUUUCUCACUCUCGAGAGGCUUUUGAUGAGAUGAAGUUGCGCUGUGAGAAGCGGGAGGCAGAACUGGCCGAUGGUGUCAGAGAAGCGGCUGAGGCCCAGCGAGAGGAGCUGCGGAGUUCCAAGGCCAAGCAGCUCGGGCUGGAAGAGGGCCUGGACGAGCUGCGGAGUGCCUUGGCAGCUGCGGGCAGUGAGCGCCGCAAUGCCUUCGAGGGCGUCGUAGCCAGGCUGCAGCACCUGGAAGCAUCGGUGGGUGAUGAGGUGGCCGCCCGUGAGGAGGAACAGCGGCGGGUGCUACGGGAGGUGAGCUGUGUGCUGGGCAAACUGCAGGAGGAAAAGGCCAUUCGAGAGGAGGCGAUUGCAAACAUCACUCAGAGCAUGGCUGAACAGGCGGCGCUUCUGGAAGACGCGCUGCACAAAGAGGCCAAAGCACGCGAGGCUUCGGUGGCGCAGGCUGUAGCGCACCUGCAGAAGAACCUCAAGACCGAAGGUGCUACGCGUGAGGAGAUGCUUCGAAGUACGGCAACCAAACUCCACCAGCUGUCAAGCGAGCUGCAGCAAGAGAGAGAAGACCGUUCGAGGCUGUUGCGUGACGUCAGCGCCUCCCUGGCCAAGCUCCAAAGAAUGCAGGCCGAAGAGGAAGAUACCCGCACGCAAGAGAACGAGCGGCUCAGUGGUGCGUUGGAAUCCAUGCACGAGGCCGCUCGGAGCUUGAAGCAGUCCUGCGAGGAGACGCGGCAAAGGGGCCAAGAGGCUACAGAUCAACUGCGAUCCCUGAUCUCCAGAGAAUCUACGGCAAGGCAAUCAAAGCUGGAGGCUGUGGAUAUUGUUGUCCGAGAUCUGCGCAGCCUCAUCGGUGGAGAGACCCAGCAGCGUGAGGCCGCGGUGAAGCAUCUCACGGCGGAGCUCGCCACAGAGGUCCAGGUGCGAGAGGAAGCCACCGGCCGUGACCGCCGGGCCAUGGAGGAGGAUGUGGCCCGAGCCAUUCGCGAGCACCGCCAGAGUCGAGAGGAAGAAGAGCGGAAACUUCAGGAGAGAGUGCUGGAGGUCUCUGCGAGGCUCGCUGAGGAGCGGGAGCAGCGCCUGGAGCAGCUGCGAAGCCAACGGCUCAAAGUCGAGGAGCUUAAGGAGGAGCUCCUGGGCCACCGGAAGGCCUCCCAGCAGAGCUCUGAGAAGAUUCAUGCGCAUCUGCAGCGUUUGGACCAGACGCAUGGAUCCAAGGCUCAG